UGCUGACUUCUGUCUACCUUUUCACUUAUUGCUGCAUCUGUUUGUGACUUUCUCUUUUUCUUACUAACUUUAACACAAGAGAGAGUCAAAAUCUUUAUUUUUUUCUUUUAUUUCUUCCCGUUUUUUCCUCGUCGCUGUGGUGUGGUUCCUGCGCGCAGUCCGGGCGCCUCUCCAAACACCUUCCAGAACCAGUUUGGACAGCAAUGAGUAGUCCCGAUGCGGGUUACGCCAGCGACGAUCAGACCCAGGCAAGGUGCGCGAUGUCAGUCAUGAUGCCUGGAAUGGGACACUGCCAGUGGGCCGACCCGCUCAGUCCUCUCGGGGACAGCAAGGUGAAAAACGAAACAUGCGCGCCAGGCGGCGGCGGCGGCGGCUCCGGCGGUCAGGGACGCGGCAAGAGCGAGCCGCGGAUCCGGCGGCCCAUGAACGCCUUCAUGGUCUGGGCGAAGGAUGAGCGUAAGAGGCUGGCGCAGCAGAACCCGGACCUGCACAACGCGGAGCUCAGUAAAAUGUUAGGGAAAUCCUGGAAAGCCCUUCCCGUCACAGAAAAGCAGCCCUUCGUGGAGGAGGCCGAGCGGCUCCGGGUCCAGCACAUGCAGGACCACCCCAACUACAAGUACCGGCCCCGGCGGCGGAAGCAGGUGAAGCGGAUCAAGAGGCUGGACUCUGGAUUUCUGGUCCACGGUGUUUCCGAGCACCAGGCCCCGUCCAUGUCCGGCGACGGCAGGGUAUGCAUGGACAGCCUGGGUCUGGGCUACCAUGAGCACGGCUUCCAGGUUCCCCCGCAGCCACUCAGCCACUAUCGGGACGCUCAGGUGCUUGGGGGACCGUCUUACGAACCUUACAGCCUUCCCACUCCUGACACCUCUCCUCUGGACGCCGUAGAAUCAGACUCCAUGUUCUUCCCUCCACAUUCACAGGAGGACUGCCACAUGAUGCCGGCGUACCCUUACCACUCUCAGGUGGCAGACUUUCAACCUCAUGAACCACUCUCCGGCCACCACAGCAGCCCCGGCAUCAUGCACCGCCACCCGGGCUCGGCUCCCGAGCAACCCCCUCCGUCCUACAUGAGCUGCCCCAACCCUUUGGCCAUGUACUACACCCAGCACUGCAGCCCCAGCCACCCCAAGCGGCACCCCGGCGGGGCAGGACAGCUCUCCCCUCCCCCUGAUUCCCACUCUCACUCGGCGGACACCAUGGAGCAGAUGCACCACUCAGAGCUGCUGGGCGAGGUGGACCGCAGCGAGUUUGAGCAGUACCUGAGCUCGUCCUCAUCGGCCCGUUCGGACAUGCCGGGCCUGCCAUACGGGCCGCACGAGGGCGGCAUGCAAGGACCCGAGAGCCUCAUUUCAUCCGUGCUGUCGGACGCCAGCACGGCCGUCUAUUACUGCAGCUACAACAGCUCCUAACCUCCUCUUGCUGCAAAGGACACACAAUCUUUGAAGCUAAAUUUAAACAGAAAUACUUUUAUCUUUAUUUUCCACUCGUGGCACAAUGAAGCUCCUGAGAUUUUGUACUGUAUCUGCCCAAAAACUGUUAGGAAAGACCUGAAAUAUUUUAAUCUUAACACUGGUUUUAACUUCUCUCUUCUUCUCUUGCAGGGAUAUUUGUUAAUAAAUAUUGUACAGUCACUAGUUUCAAAUGUAUGUAUAUAUCGAGUUGUUUUUUUAUACUUUUGCACUUUUAGGAAAUAAAUGACUGCAAAAAUA